AUGGCUCCUGUUUGGUCUUAUCAAUCAAAUCGCUAUCAAGCAAACAUAAAACCCCAGCAAAAACCAGAUGCAGCGCCACCAGCGCGGCUCUCAGGGAAAAAGCGGGAGCAGCGGUCGGUGGCACGAUCCCAUGUGUUGCGGAGGUCGCCGCCGCAUAGACGGACGGCCGGCCGGCUAAACGACGGCGUAUCAAGCCGAGAUAAAUCUACAGCCGACUGGAAUUUGCUGUUGUUGCUCUCACAACUCCCGGCCAGAACCGAAUUCGCCACGGCUAUGCCACAAUUGCGCCGCUUCCGAGCUUUUUUCGGUACGUUUCAGGCGAAUUGGUGGUCGCGGCGGUCUGCGAUGGGGGGAGCGACCUCGGGCUGGACGGCACCGCCAUGGAUGGUUUCCUUGAUCGAUUUCCUCAACAACGAAUUCUCCGACAUGGAUGUUGGCAUCUCUGGGAACUACUAUUCGGAAAAGAAACCGGCGGCCGGGAACUGGAUUGAAGGCCGGAGAUGUCGUUUCUGGAGAGGCGGUUUUCGGUGGAGAGGCUACUCCAUGAUAGAUGCAUCCACAGGCAAAAAGUGCACGCCAUUCGAUCAUGGAGCAAGGCACGUUAACCCCAUAUCUGCCCUCAACCGGGGCUUGCAUGUUGUUCUCGAUGGCGGAUACUUGCAGGGUCGACUCCCUCCACAACUUGAAGAAUAUCAGAGGUUGUUUAUGGGCGGAGGACAAUUUCAUUUGAGAUCGGUGUUUGUGUGUAGGACAGUGGUUGACAACGACAACGAGUUCGGGUCAGAUUCAAGGGUGAAUCAUGAUCAACCAGAAGAGAAUGGUAAACUCAACACAACUCCAGCUAUAGAUAUGGAUGAGGAGCAGCAUUGGAGAGGCUCUUACCCCACCUGA